GAGCGGUGCAACAGAGAAGAUGUUACAGCCCCGAACCGAAAGAGGUAAAGUAACCAACUGCAGUUAGUUAUCCUUUCGAGCUGCCUGAAGUUAUCAAUGAAUUUUUUAAGCCUUCUUCUGCUGGCCCUUGUGGCAGUAGUAGCAGACUCGCACAGAAUCGCUCAGCCGCCUGCAGCCCCCCAGGAGCCGUGCAGCACCACCACCCGCCAGCCGCCAUGUGAACGGACAACGACUCCGUCACCACCCCCACCCCCACCCCCACCGUGCACCCGUACACCCCCACCAGAUCCACCCUGUGACACAACAACAACUCCGUCACCACCCUGUGAGGCGACAACAACUCCGUCGCCACCCCCUCCGUGCACCAGUACACCUCCGCCAGAUCCACCCCGUGACACGACAACUACUCCGUCACCACCCUGUGACACGACAACAACUUCGUCGCCACCUCCGCCGUGCACCCAAACACCUCCACAAGAGCCACCCCGUGACACGACAACUACUCCGUCACCACCCUGUGACACGACAACAACUUCGUCGCCACCUCCGCCGUGCACCCAAACACCUCCGCAAGAGCCACCCAGUGACACGACAACUACUCCGUCACCACCCUGUGACACGACAACAACUUCGUCGCCACCUCCGCCGUGCACCCAAACACCUCCGCAAGAGCCACCCAGUGACACGACAACUACUCCGUCACCACCCUGUGACACGACAACAACUUCGUCGCCACCUCCGCCGUGCACCCAAACACCUCCGCAAGAGCCACCCAGUGACACGACAACUACUCCGUCACCACCCUGUGACACGACAACAACUUCGUCGCCACCUCCGCCGUGCACCCAAACACCUCCGCAAGAGCCACCCAGUGACACGACAACUACUCCGUCACCACCCUGUGACACGACAACAACUUCGUCGCCACCUCCGCCGUGCACCCAAACACCUCCGCAAGAGCCACCCAGUGACACGACAACUACUCCGUCACCACCCUGUGACACGACAACAACUUCGUCGCCACCUCCGCCGUGCACCCAAACACCUCCGCAAGAGCCACCCAGUGACACGACAACUACUCCGUCACCACCCUGUGACACGACAACAACUUCGUCGCCACCUCCGCCGUGCACCCAAACACCUCCGCAAGAGCCACCCAGUGACACGACAACUACUCCGUCACCACCCUGUGACACGACAACAACUCCAUCGCCACCCCCUCCGUGCACACGUACACCCCCGCAAGAGCCACCCUGUGACACGACAACUACUCCGUCACCACCUCCCCCGUGUACCCGUACACCUCCGCAAGAGCCACCCUGUGACACAACAACAACUCCGUCACCACCCUGUGACACGACAACAACUCCAUCGCCACCCCCUCCGUGCACACGUACACCCCCGCAAGAGCCACCCUGUGACACGACAACUACUCCGUCACCACCACCCCCGUGCACCCGUACACCUCCGCAAGAGCCACCCUGUGACACGACAACUACUCCGUCACCUGAACCACCCUGUGACACCUCAACUACACCUCCCUCAACCACACCCUGUGCAACUGAUGCCCCUCAAGCUUCCAGCCUGAUCGAGAAGCUCAUUCCCAGGCCUCUGCUAGAUCUCUUCUCCGGCUCCAGCAUCCCCAUUGCUGGCGACCUCGAGUGCAGCGGAAGAGCUGACGGCACCUACCUGCAGGACGAGAAGCACUGCCGCCGCUACUACGAGUGCCUCAACGGAAACCGCGUUCUGCACAAAUGCAGAGCCGGCCAGUGGUUCGACCUGGAUAAGGGCAAGUGCCGCCGUCGCAGCCUGGUGCUGAACUGUCCUGCACAGCGCAACUGAAGAUGACAGGAUCGGCGGAUAUGAUACGUGCAACAUGUAUAUUAACGUUUAUCCUAACCAACAGUAAUCCACUCAAUAAAUAGCAAUAGCAAUA